GCAAAAAGAAAAAGCAAAGAAGAAGAACACGCUCCUAAGCUAGUUAACUGGAAAUAUUAUUGUUUUCUUAACUGAAGCUACUAAACGGUCAAAAUGAACAAACUCAUUAAAUCCCAGGAGUUUGACUCGUAUGAGUUGGACGAACCGAGUGACGAGGAGCGAGCUGUCAGCAGUUCAGAGGAUGAGCUGGAUGUGUUGCUGAACGGGACUGCCGAGCAGAAGAAGAAGCUGAUCCGGGAGUAUCUGACUGGGGAGAGCGAGUCCUCCAGUGGGGAUGAGUUUGAAAAAGAGAUGGAGGCAGAACUGAGCUCCACCAUCAAGAACAUAGAGGGAACCUGGAGACCAUCAGCUGACAGCGUUGGUGAAGCAGCAGAUGGAGGAGGUUCUGGUCCGUCCAACCCCCGGAUGUAUGACCAGGUUUACUUUGAUUCUGACUCGGACGAGGAGGAUACACCAAGCAGCUCCACAAGCCGGAGGAGAAAGCAGCGGAUGAUUCCUACUAAUGAUGAGCUGCUGUAUGACCCGGAUGAAGACGACAGGGACCAGGCCUGGGUGGAUGCCAGGAGGUAUUACAACAGAAAACGAGCGUCUGCAGCGUCCGGGUCUCAGCGUCUCAGCGGUCCCACUAGUGACGCCGUCCUCAACUGUCCUGCCUGCAUGACCACGCUCUGCCUGGACUGUCAGAGGCAUGAGAAGUACCGUACGCAGUACCGAGCCAUGUUCGUCAUGAACUGCACGGUGAAGAAGGACGAGGCGUUGCGCUACAAAAGCCAGCAGGUGAGAAGACCGAGGAAGAGGAGGAGGGGGCAGAAAACCGAAGCUCCGGCAGAGGAAGCUGCCGCCUCGAUGCCGGCGAUGCUGAUGGACACUGAUGAGGUUUAUCACCCGGUGAUAUGCUCCGAGUGCUCCACGGAGGUGGCUGUGUUCGAUAAAGAUGAGGUUUACCAUUUUUUUAACAUCCUCGCCAGCCACUGCUGAGACGAACUGAGCACGCUCAGCGCUGGAGAGGUUUGGUUUGGCUGCUUUACUUAAAGCAGAACUACAGAGGAGUGACUCAUCGUUCUGAGGAUCACUGGGACCAGUUGGACUAGAUCACUUUGAAACAGUCUAAUUUGGAUUAAACCCUAAAUCAUUUGCUGGAGAAUUAAAACCACUCCUGGACCAACAGAGUGGUCACAUCCUCACAGCGUGUGCUCUGUUUGAGGAAAUGUUUGAAAUGUACAAAAACUGGAACGUGUCUGUAAAAAUCUGCUUUCCUGAUCAGUUUUGGGACAGUGUUCAUAUUAAACGGUCCUAAAACUCUUAAAACUGGUAAAACUCUCACCACAAACCUACACAUUUAUAAAAAAAU